UUCCCUGGCAAAUGUACUUUACAGCAUUCGUAGACAACCUUUUUUUUCUCUUGUAUUGUUCAAAUUCUUUUCCUGUUUUUGCUCGUGUAUACCACCACGUUCACACUAGCAUUCCCGGGCACCUGCAGCACAGCAUAAUAUCAACCUGGCAGGAUCCCCGCUUGGGGCUCGGUUGCCAAUCGGCGGGUGCCAAUGGGAAGAUGGUGUGCCACCGUUUUACCGCCCUUUCUGCGAUGCGCUUUUCUAGCACGGUCUUUUGAAUGUGCUGGCUGCACAAAGCUCAGCAGCUCAGCUUCGGUCUGCAUGUUUGGUAUGCGGCAUUUUUGCAUGAUGGCAUUUUUGUUUGCAUAUUUCGCUUUUUUCGCUCUCUUUUUUUUGUUGUUAGAGCGCACCGUACGAAAUGGCUAUCGCUGCACAGUGGUGAAUUUUUUUCCCUCCCCCCGAAAGAGUGCAUCGUUAUUGUUGGGCACCCUCACCGCGUGCCGACUACCUUCACAACCGGCCAGCGGGAAGGAUUUACGGAGCCAUGGAGAAUAGAUAGGUGCUUAUGUCUGCCGCAUUUGGCCCCAGUAUUGUUGUCGUUAUCCGGCUUUGUUCGCCACUUGGGUUUUGUGUUGCGAUUUUUGUAUUUUAUUUUACUAGCCCUUUUGCUUCACCAAGAAGGCACAGGAUGCUCGAAGAAGGCAAUACGUAUUAACGGGGCCUACAUAGAGAACUGCAUGCUCGAUAAAUGGCUUCAGACAACGUGAAAACCAGUGAAAGUGUGACCCAUGAGAAAGCGCGGUACUCUUCGCGCCACUUCAGUGCGUACCAGCCAACCGUGCUCGAUAGCUCGAUAAUGUGAUAAGCAAACAAGAUGCCUGUUGAACAAUUCUCAGCUACCCGAACGCGUGACUUCCAAUUCCGUACCGGGCGUACUGGGUUCGUUUCGUUCUCACUUGCUUGGAACCAGACAUUCGACCAGCCGUAUCAUUGCUUUCUUCACUUUGCACCCAACUUUGGGACGGCAGAGAAAGAUCUACGGCCGACUGGCUGGCGAUCGAUUUCAUUACAGUCGUAGAACGCGCACCGGAAGGUUAUACCGAACGAGCUUCACUUUACUUGGGGAACAACAACGAAAACAUGAUCUUUAAGUGAGGCAGAUACGAUCCAUAACCAGUGUUUGUGUGAUAGUUUAUCCAAUCCCACAGGGAAACUUAAUUUGUAUCUGUGUGUGUGUGUGAUUUGUUGCAACGAAAUGGCGUUCGCGAUUCGUACAGCGAUUUCGGUUGUGUUGUGUCUGCUGAUGGUUGACGCACUGCAAUUGGCCGUAAACGAAGGUUGCCCAAAAGCCACUCGGCCGCACAUGACGCGAUGUGAUCAGUAUUAUCGUUGCACUGUGCUCUCGAAAGAUGCCCACGUGUGGGUUGCGACCCAGUGCCAGAAGGGACUCGUGUAUCUGCACCAUCUCGGCACAUGUGUCGUACCAGAUAACGAUUGGGAAUGUGACGUUUCGGCCGAAAAUGAAAGGAACCAUAGUUAUGAAAAUGUGUACGGAAUAGACAACCUGAAUGUUCCUGCGUCAUUAGCGACCAACUCUAACUCUGCCAGUGAAGAAAGCUCUUCGGCAUCGAAAGAAGAGAGCAUGAAAUCGAAUGAUUCCCCGCAGAGCGAUCUGAAUGAUAUGGAAUCGAGUGGCGAUGGUAGUCCGGAACGAGUUAACGAUGAGCCGAACCACACAGCAGCGAGUGCUAGCAACAUUACCAUUGCUCCUGCUGGGGUAACUACCUCAACAACACUAUCGUCAGGAACCUUAAGUUCUUCAAUGCUUGACUCUUUCCUGAGCUAUUACGACACGCAAAAUGCGCUAAAGCUCAAAACAAAGCAACAAUCUCCACCGAAAAUGGAUGAGAAGAACUACCUGGACCAUCUGAAGCAGAUCGUGAGCCAACAGAAACAGCUAAACGAAAUGGCACGAAUACCAAGCCAGAUGGAUAUGUUCAACUAUAAAUCCGUCCCAGUGCAGCAGCUCACGGCAAAGAAAGAACCUGUUGUAGACGAACCAUUAUCGAAUCUUAAUCUCUCACCAGGCAUGCAGGACAUCAUUAAAAGCAUUCUGGACAUUUCUCAAAAAGCGAUUGCAAAUCAAAAACCACCGGCUGAUGCUCCUUCUCCUGCACCGGAAGUGAAAGAUCCAGUUGUGAAGCCUAUUUUUAUUCCGAUUUCGGUAAAUCCUGUCCCAGCACCAAGCGUUCAAACCCCACCGACUACAGAGCAACCGGUGAAAGCUCAAUAUCCCGCCUCGUACGGUAUGGAACUGUCUGGACCUCCAAGUUUGAGGCAGAACACAGUACAAAACAGUUUAAGGAUUCCGGAAGCAAACGACACACAAUUUAAUGUCUUCCCACAGCAAGUGCUGUACGAUGCUUAUGGGAAUAGGUAUGUGUCGAAGAAUAGCUAUCAACCACUGUCACUACCAAGCUAUUCGAACGAACUCUAUAACCCCUACCUGAGAACAGUGCCUCAGUCGUCAAUGAUGAUCGAUCCUCCUUCAGGAUCAUUCUAUUCCAAUAAUGGCCUUAUGUCUACAGUGCACAUCCCGCCUUCAAGAUUUUCCGAUCCGCUGCCUUACUUUCAAGGCUAUGGACAAUCCUCUCAGCAAAUAAGUCCAUUAGUGAGAGAUUAUGAUGCAGCUGAUGGCUUCAGCGAUCGAGUGAAGCUCCUUGAAUCAAUCGACUCGAUCGACGCUGACGGAGUGCAGGAUGCAAGUCUGGAAAAAGAUCUCCCGCUGCCAGCGAACCGUCACUCCGUUGACAUGGAUGAUGAUGUUUCGGGCGAGAAUGUCGAUACGGAUAGUGCCAACUCCCAGUACACGAGGAAGCUAUUCACACUGGGCGAUAUGACAUUCGAUUACGAGCAGUACAAGGACAGCAUGCUUCCGCUGGUCGACGCCAAUCCGGACGACGAGCGAAUCUCCAUCGUGCUGUGCAUGGUGGGCAGCCGACAGCCGAACAAUACCGAUUGCUUCCGGUACUACAUCUGCAAUCCGCAUAAUGGUGUGUUCCAGUCGUACACCUGUCCCCCGACAACGGCGUUCAACAAGAAAUCUCGCAUGUGCGAUAUUGCCUCGUACAAACAGUGUAAGCAGCUGAUGACUCCACCGGCACCACCACGCGCCCAACUGCGAACGCGCAAGCAACCCCAAUCUGCAAAGCAAAGCGUUACCCAGAUCAAUCAGAUCAAGCAGGAACUGCUCAAAGCCCAAAAGUACGUCGAGUUGAUAAGGCUCGAGGCGAGCAAGCUGCGGCAGCACAAUCGUGUCCCAGCGUCCAGCAGCCAGCAAGUUAUUUACCUUCCAUUGAUGGGUGGCCAGACACCGGUUCGCGAAAACACCCGCGUGAAACAGAAGGCCGAGGUGUCCAAGAAAAAGAAACGACCAUCCAUCGGUACGAAACGCAUCGCAGCGGCUACAACUACAGCCAAACCGACGCAAAGUGUGCCACGAUGCCGGCUGGAAGGACGUAUGGCGGAUCCGAUGGACAAAAGCAACUACUACGUGUGUCACCGGAAGAAUCCGAACAAGUUCAUCAAGAUUAAGAUGGCCUGUCCGGCGGAUCUUUUGUACUGUGCCGACACGCAGUACUGCACGCUGAGGACCAACUGCUGAGAUGAGGCGUUUAGGUCUGUUUUUUGUGUUCUUCCGGUGGACAUUAUUUAUUCUACGCCGAUUAUUUAUUCAAACUGCAGGCGAGUUAUUAAAGAUGUUAUGUACAUGUGUAAGCCAUUCGGGGAUAGCUGCCGUUAAAUAUAUACGCGAAAAGAGAAGCAGCAAGACAGAGAACU